GAGUAUAGAAGUGUCGUGUCAACGCAAAGAUAUUAUGCAAUAGGCAUACUCAUAAUAUUUUUGUAAAAUUAUUAUUUUCUAUUUUAAAUAUACCUAAGUACUUGAUUACAAAUUGCGGUUUAUCGGUGAGCUACGAUAUUUCUGUAUUUUAACUAGAGAGCUAACAGAAGGUGAACAAUGGGGACUGAACAUAAAGCUGUUAAGUAUGACCCAAACACGGAAGCGUUCCAAAUGCGAGCACAGUGGAAGAAACAGGAAAACUGCAGACAACAGUGGUUUGAAAGAUGGAGUUGGUUGCUCGACGAAAGACAGCAAGCAUUGGCUGAAGCUGAAGCUAUUCGGCAAAAAGCAUCAUCUGUAACUCGGUCUCAAGUAACAGUAAAGACAGAAGAAGGGAAAUCACUGAAACCAGUACCUCAAACUUCCACAGGAGUAAUAGGAUGGCUCGCGUCUAGGCCCGAUUGUCGAAUAGAAAUUUACACAUCGUGGUUAUCCAAACCACCUAUAAAACUACCUGACGCCUGGGACAAUCCACACUACAUGGGUAAAAAGAAACAAUAAACAUACUUUUCAUUAUUAUACGAUAAUAAUAAUUAAUUAAAGUCUGCAUGUAAGUAAAUAAAAUCAAUGCAUUUCUUAGUAAAUUAUAUACAUACAUACAAUACAUACAUAGCUAUGUGCAGUUAAUUCAAAGUGCAUGGUUUUAUUUCAAUAAUUUUAUGAAGAAUGCGUUCGUGGCUCAUUGUGAACAUACCUUACAAGUCAUUUGUAGCAAUUCACACCACGUAAUUGACUCCAGUGGAUAAUUGGCAAAGCAAUUAAAAAUCACAACAUUUACAUGAUUAGCGUAUGCCCCAGUGGUUCGCGUUUAAAUCUGAUAAACAAACGCGGUCCCGCAAUAAAACUUUAUAUGUUAAUAUUUAGAUGUAAAACGUUCUUACAAUUUUGUAUUCAAAUAUAAAUCACUUACGUGAUACUUGUAUUUAAUUUUAUCAGCCGUAUCAUUUGAAACGAUCGCCGAAAAUAAAUUCCCUUUGAUUAGUGCAUUGCUCUUGCCUGAAUGUUUAUUACAUCGUACGUACUUACAUUUUCUCCAUAAUAUUUACAUAUCGUAUAACCUACCUAAAGGUAGAGUAUACCUUUCAUAACUUGGAUUCCCGCGCCUAUAUUUUAAAACAAAAUAAAUAAAUACGAAGAGAAAGUUAAUUUGUACUUAUACCUUAAUUAAAGGGAUAUUUAAUUUUGAUUACACUCCAGAAAUUCAUGUUCCCAUGACUAUCCAUCCAGUAAUUCCACUUCCGCGCUCCAAUUUUACGCAACGAUUAUAGAUUAGGUUCCGUUGUUUUUCUAAUCAAUUAUAUUCGCUAUUACCAUACCAAAACACAAGUUGUAAUAAGUAUCUUACAACACAUUUAUAACUGAUACCUCAAUAAAU